UGGUAUUGUGCAGCUUGUAGUGAGGAUGGCGCUCUGGUCUUGCUCUCAGGGUCUUGGCUCGGCUGAGGAGGAUGAGAAACAGGGUCUGACUCUUACAUCGUUGCAGCAUCUGUCAGAAACACAGACCCAUGGUCAAGGGAUUGAAUUAAUCUGUCAAAAACAAAAAGAGUUUGUGAAGAUCUCUGUAGAAUCCAAAUGGAAUCUAGUGGAAGCCCAGCAGCAACUUGGUAGUUUAGCACUGCAUAAUUCAGAAUCCAUGGAUCAGGAAUAUGCCAAAGUACAAACUGAAGCUUCAGAACUGAGAGAGAGAGAAGAAGAGUGGAGAAGAAAAGAAGAAGUGCUAAAACAGAGGGAAAGACAGGAUGUAUGGAAUACAGAAUCCAUUAGUAAGGAGGUAUUUAAUAAGAGUUUUAUUAGUCAAAAUAAAAUAAAAGAAGUAGAAGAUGAAGACAUAUCUAAAUCAUUUAUGCAGAAGCAUGAACAAAAGAUUAGAUACUUUGGUAUGUUGGGCAGAUGGGAUGACAGUCAAAGAUUUUUGUCUGACCACCCAUAUCUUGUAUGUGAAGAAACAGCUAAGUAUCUCAUCUUAUGGUGUUUCCAUCUAGAAGCUGAGCAGAAAAGAGCUCUGAUGGAACAAAUAGCACACCAAGCAGUUGUAAUGCAGUUUAUUAUAGAAAUGGCCAAAAGUUGUAAUGUGGAUCCAAGAGGCUGUUUUCGUCGAUUUUUCCAAAAAGCCAAAGCAGGGGAAGAAGGGUAUUUGGAAGCUUUUAAAACUGAGCUUGAAGCAUUCAAAUCAAGAGUGAGAAUCUAUUCCCAGUCAAAAGCCCUUGAAGCUGUUUCAGUACAGAAUCCCAGUGACUAUACUGGUUUUGUAGAAGGGCUGGAGUACUUGUCACAGGAUGCAGAUGGUCUACAAGCUUGCAUAAACACAAGUUUCUGCAAUUUAAACUCAGUGGUACAAAAAGACGAAGAACCCAAAAUGAUGGACACAGUAUAGCAUUGUUAAGACUGAGGCCAAGUACUUUUUUUUAUUACAAAGAAAAGAAAAUGGCUAUUUUCUUGACAGGUUUUUAUGGGUCCUGCACUUUAUUUUUUGGUGCUUUGAGGGAGGAUUUGGAGGGAGGGUAAUCUAGAAAUACUUGUAAUACUGUUUCAAAAUGUGCUGCUAGGUUUUUUGGUCAUCUAUGAAGAGUGGGGUUCUCAUUGCCAAAUGUGAAAAUUGAUGUGUUUUAUGCUAUUGCCUUUCAUGAUUUUGAGUAUUAAAGUAUGAAAAAGAAAUCUGCACAAAUACAAUGUUUACAAAAAGUGGUAGAUUUUUGGUGGAAUCUGCUAUCAUCUCUUAUUAGACAUGGGCAUGUUCCAUGAAUAUUGGAGAUCACAAUUAUACUUUUGCUAUAUUGCUGGUAUAGCUCUCAAAAUCUGGUUUUAUUAUUAAUAGCAAUAAAUCGGUAUGCUAUCA